AUGAUAAGGGGCAUACUAAUCUCACUGAUCCUACUGACGGAGGUGAGGAGGAAAAUUCUAUAUACCAACUACUGCACCUACCUGUGGGUGUUCCUAACGCUGCUGUGUAGCGUGCUGGUUGUGUCUUUCUUGGCACACAGUAGGAAAGGGAGUAAAAGCAAGUGCAAGAUAUCAAAAGGGAAGGUUUUCUCUCCACGGAUGGAAAAUCAAACAAGUCCACAUAAAGGUGGCAACCCAUUUAGCAGCCCCACCUUUACCAUCGGGGCGUAUCACCACAGGGAAAAGAUCCCACCAGGGUUGCUGAACAAAAAAGGGGAUCUCACAUUUCUGCGUUUGUACGAGAAAGGGGUUAUUACCACUUGGCAGUUGUUCCUGCAGAUACAUGGUGACAACUUUUUCCCGUCGUUUUUUUUCCCCUUCCUCUCCACCCUGCUGGUUUCUAAAUUUGACCUCCUAAACUCUGGCGCGGCAAAGCUGUCCCUCGCCCUCGUGAACGAGUUCCUCCUCGGCAGCGUCUUCCUUCGAUACGUGCGGGUGAACGGGUGGGCCUACCUCCUCUUCCACGUCCUCCUCUUUCUUGCAACGCUGGGUGCAAUGCGAAUUCACGACAGCUUGGCCACCUGUUCCCUCUGGUUUGCACUCAACUUUGUCUUUUACCACAUGAUCAGCAUAGCGGCCUUUCGGCUGACGGAUGGGGUGUUUUCCUUCCUGGAGGGGGCGACAGUGAGCGUGGCGGGGACCCUCCUCCUGGACGCUUGCGCAUAUGGCCUUUUCCAUGAGCACCUGAACGGGGGCGUCGUUCCGAAUGUGUUGUCCGUGUUUCUCAGUGGAGCGGCCCUCAGUGUGACCCUCUACGCCGCGUGUUGCGUGUACCUGCUGCGGCGGGCAAACAACCAGAAGGGGAAGCUCCUCAUCGCCUCGCUGGCGUUCAUUCUUUACAACCUCUUCAACCUCGGUGCCAGACGAUACGACUCCGUCAGUGAAACGGAGACAAGCGCGAUGCAAAGUUUAGCCCACCUGCUAUUACACCGAGAGAAUUACGUUCUGUUUUUUGGCUGGCUGGUCAUCACAAUUCUGUAUGUAUUUUACAUUGCCAAGUUGGUGAGGAAAAAUGGGAACCUGUCUUACCUGCGGAAGCACUAUCAUUUUCUUCUCUUUGUGAAUAUGCAGUUGUCUUUUCUUUUCGGGAAGGUGGAGCUCCUUGUGGUGACCCUCUCCUUCGCGUUUCUCCUGCUGCUGUUCCUGGAAGUUGUUCGAAAAAUAGGCCAAGCACUGUCCCCCGAUCGCAACACGCUGCAUAAGUUCAUGACCAGUUUUAUUGACGAUAGAGAUAGGAGGGGCCUGGUCGUUACGCACAUUUACCUCUUGGCUGGGGUGUACCUCCCAAUCGCCGCGGAUGCACUGUUGAACAACAAGAACUACCUGCGGGAGGGAACCCGAAGUGUCUUCCUCUUCCGGCACGCCGACCUGAUUCUCUACAGCUCGGGGCUGAAUGCCAUAUGCAUAGGAGACUCAUUUGCAGCCAUCGGGGGACUUCUUUUCCCCACUCCGAAGAUCAAAAACACGAACAACAAGUCUUACGCAGGAUUUCUCUUUUUUUUUUGUUCUACAUUUUUAUCGCUUUUGCUUGAGAGCUACUUCGUUCAAAAUACGCCGUUGGGUAAUUUGACCGCCAUUUUUAUGGUGUCCCUCUUUGGUGCCCUAUUUGAGGCAUACCUCCACGACAUAGAUAAUUUGAUACUACCCAUAUUCACCUUUUGCGUCCCAUCGGACAUCACAAUUCUCGAGCACAAGUACGCGAAAAAGAAUGAGAAGAGAAGAGUCAAUAUUUUUAAGAGGCUGUUUAUCCAUUUUUCCUUUUUCACCAUUGGAAAUAACUGCAACAAAUUGAGCAGCCAUGACGUGAUUAAGGUCCUUUCGAAUGUGUACGAAGAUGAUCCAAGUGAAAGUAAAAAUGUGAACUCAAUAAAUAUUAUCGACAUUUUAAAUACAAGACAGAGGGACAUCGAGAAGCAGGUCCAGUGCAAGUUUUGGUCCUUUCUGGGCUUCCUGCUGCUGCCCCUGUACAGCCUGAACAAGUUCAAGUACUACGACGCGAAAAGCAAAAUGAUCGUCACACCUUUUUUUUCCAUCGCGGGGAUUUACCUGGGCUCCUUCCUCGGCAACGUGGCCACUGGCAGAUUUUCGGACUACAAACGGUCGAAGUUUCUGGGGACGUUACCGGCACACGUUUUUUUGAAGGAGUGA